UUCUCUUCUCCUCUCCCCUUCUUUCUUCCUUCAUCAUCCAUCCAUCUGUCCAUCAUGUCUGUUCCACUCACCAAGGUCGAUUCUGCCAUCGCUGGCUUGUCUAUAGACGACAAAGCCCCCGAACCCACCGAGAAAGAGGUUUCCAAGGAUAAGAAGGGCCACAGGCGUGUCUCCUCCACGGCAUCAGAAGGUGUCUGGAACAUCAAUGAUCUUGAGAAACAAAAGAUCGAACUCACUCUCCCCAUCGAAACCCAGAAGACUGGGUGGAAACUGAACACUUCCCCAUCAACAGUGGAGGACAAAGAUAUCCUCAAGCUGUACCUCGUUAACCCUCCGGUCAAGAAGAUUGACCUGGACUUCCCUCUGGGCCUCCACGUCACCGCCCGGAACUUGAAAGGCGUCACAAUCAAGGACGCAUUAGACGCCAUCUACAAGCAGUUCAAGAAGAAGGCGGACGACGAGUUGGAAAGUCCCUACCUCGCCGGCUUCGAGUGGGACAAAGACGAGUCCUGGACACGCCUAAUCGUUCACCAGAAGAAAGAGAACACCGCACAACAGCCCAGCAGCAAAAAGGCCAAGAAGAAGGCAAAGGAAGAAGCCGCCCUGGCAUAGAUUGGCUCCGCCAAUACUGGCAACCUCACCGGAUGCCUAUCUUCCCCCCUGAACUGUCUCUUUUAUCUGCUUUGUGUGUUCUAUUCUCUUAACUAUCUCAAC